CAUUCUGUCCGUAAAUGGACAAAUUUUGUGGACGAAGACAUGAAAAUCUCCUCCUGGUGUACCUGAUGACAGACCAAUGCCAGGUCGACCGAGAAAGUUUAAUCGGACAAAGGAUCCGCAUGAGUCUCCGUCAAAGAGUGGUCGACUUUCACGCCAUGGAAGAAAAAUGACGUGUACUCGCUGUAAACAGGUCGGACAUAAUGCCAAGACAUGUAAAAAUGAACCAUUUCAAAUGGAAGGUCCAACACGUGGGAGAGGUCGUCCGAGAAAAGUAAAGUUGGGAGGGCAAACAAGUCGGCCAGCUCCUUCCAAGAAGAAGAAAACUACACAACCUGUUAUGUCGGAAAAUGCUCAGACUAGUGGUAACUCAAUAGCCGAUGGGUCCUCCAUUCCAACACAAGGGAGUCAGACAAUACAAUCGGCAUUUCCUCAUCAUCAGAGAGCACAUCUUCCUGAGUCAACCUCAUCACUUCCAAACACGGUCUUCAUUGCACCUCGAACGGGUCGAAAAUUCCAGAUUCCAAGACAAGAAAAACGGAAAUGAUUAUGCACUACCUACAGUUGUGCCGACUUUUUUUUAUAGAACUCAAUGUAUCCAAGAUGUUGUCUAUUCUAUUGUCGAACUAUGUAUCCAUGAUGCCAACUUUUUUUGGGAUGUAAUGU